AUGCUUCUCAGCAGGCAGACCGCCGUCAUGCUGCCGCUGAAGGAGAAGGACAAACCCAUCGUCCGGAUGCUGCUGUCAGCCGGCUGCUGCGCUCGCUGCGUCCUCAGAUUCUGCUGCGUGAGCGUUCAGGCCGCCUACAGGCAACCACAGCAAGACACGCUUAAGGAACUUAAUGCCUUUAUCGCCGACGCAGAACACGACAAAGUCCAGGAUUCGGCGGGUCAAGACCCCGCUUUUAAAGACGAGUCCCGCGACGAGGCAGAGUCGGAAACGCCUCCGGACCCGCCCUGCAAAAGGGCCAAACUGGAACCCGGGGCGGGGGCGUCGGCUCCGGCGGGGGGAAGCCAAGAGCCGCGCAUCUGCGUCGUGUGCUUCGGAAUCUUGCAAGAUUUAUGCAGCACAACCCAGGCAGUUAAGAUAGCCGAGGCCGUGAAGUCCCAGCAGUACGAGUUCGACACCCUCAUGCUGUCCGUCUCCCUACCCGCUCAGCUGAGUGUCCGCGAGCACUCCUGUUGGCUCUACGUCAAGGCAAGGAUGAGAGAGAAGAGUAUGGUCCAUGACAAAGAUGAUGUAAUCCAGGUGAAGGAAGCCUUCAAGUGGAUCAUGCAGAGUCUGGUGGGCAAGGAGCUGGGGGGCAUUUCUGUGGUCACCAAGAGUGCGUUGGAGGUGGGCUUGGAGUUUACACACUCGGAGACAGAGUCGGACUGCCACUUCCUAGCCAAAGCUUGUCCUGACAGCUUCACAACCACGAAGAACAAACAAUCUGUUUUCACCCGCAUGGCCGUGGUCAAAGCUUUGGAAAAGAUACCCGACGCCAAGUUUUUGAAACUUUACCCAUGUCCCCCGACACAACCGACCAGCAGCUGCAUCUGUCAAGAGGUCCAGUGUCUUCACACGUCCGUUUUUGUAGCAGGGAGGUACAACAAGUUUUGCCGCAGUCUACCUCAGACUCCCUGGGUAAUCGAUGGCGAGAGGAGGAUGGAGUCCUCGGUGGAGGAGCUCAUCGCGGUGCCUGUCCUGGCUGCUUUCAGAGCUACUGGUUUCAAUUUCUCCUCAUCUGGUCGAGAAGACGUGGAUGUGCGAACUCUCGGAAGCGGGCGUCCGUUUGCUAUGGAGCUGCUGAAUCCACAUAGAUCCAGAUUAAGCAAAGUGGAGAUGAAGCAACUUCAGGAGACGAUAAACCAGUCGUCGGACAAAAUCCGAGUCAGAGACCUGCAGAUUGUCACCAGGGAGGCCAUGUCUCGGAUGAAAGAGGGAGAAGAGGAGAAGACCAAGUCCUACACGGCCCUCGUCUGGACCCAGAGGCCCAUCCAGCAAGAGGACAUCGCUUUCAUCGACGACAUCAAGGAUCUGACCCUUGACCAGAAGACUCCCCUGAGGGUCCUGCACCGGAGGGCGCUAGCCAUACGACAGCGGGUCAUCCACAGCAUGAACGCCCGCUUCCUGGACUCUCACCACUUCUAUCUGGGUCUGAAAACGCAAGCUGGGACCUACAUUAAAGAGUUUGUCCAUGGAGACUUUGGCCGCACAACGCCAAACUUAUGUCGGCUGCUGGAAACGGACACAGACAUCUUGGAGCUGGAUGUUGAGUCUGUAGAUGUGGACUGGCCUCCUUUCAUACCUGAGUGAACACCACACUGGUUCUGGCCUCAGGCCCCGAGUGGACCAACUCCAUCGGUUCUGGACAUUUUGAGCCCUAACCAUGAACCCCAGGAAACCACGUAGUCUGGAUUGUUUGUUCUGGAUUUGCUGUCAUGUCUUUCUUGUACCAUUUCUGUAACGGUAACCACAAAAAAAACGUUAUUAAAGGUGUACAGUCCAUCAGUCCUUUUUUCUAUUUAAAUAUAUAAUGUAUAACAGCAAAAUCAUGG